GAAUUGAUGUACGACAUGUCGUUUCCUCCUGGAAUUCCAACCCCUUGUUCACGCAAAUGCCAUUCCGCAUUUCUCGCUUUUAUUAUUGUGGGCUUUAUAGGCAUAAACCCUAAACCCUUUCCCGUACAUCUCAUCUUAUUGACGACUAUCUUCAUCUUCCUUCCGUAUUUUUCUGGUUUUCCAGCAUUCACAAAUAUGAAUAUGAAAAAUAUGAAAGUUCCCAAAGUGCCUGGUCGUGGGAUUGCUACUUUGCUUACAGUGGGAGUUGUUGGUACUCUUGGUAUAUAUGGAAUCAACAAUAGUCUCUACAAUGUCGAUGGAGGGCAUCGGGCCAUUGUGUUCAAUCGUCUUGUUGGUAUCAAAGACAAGGUUUAUCCUGAAGGGACACACCUGAUAAUCCCAUGGUUUGAGAGGCCAGUCAUCUAUGAUGUCCGUGCACGACCACAUCUAGUGGAGAGUACUUCUGGAAGCCGUGACCUCCAGAUGGUGAAAAUAGCACUUCGAGUUCUGACCCGCCCUGUGCCAGACCAGUUACCUACAGUGUAUCGAACUCUUGGGGAGAAUUAUAAUGAGAGGGUCCUGCCUUCAAUUAUCCAUGAAACUUUGAAAGCUGUUGUUGCACAGUAUAAUGCCAGUCAACUCAUUACUCAGAGAGAGGCUGUUAGUAGGGAAAUAAGGAAAAUUUUGACAGAGAGGGCAGCAUAUUUCAAUAUCGCGAUGGAUGAUGUGUCGAUUACUAGCCUGACUUUUGGAAAGGAGUUUAUGAUUGCAAUUGAAGCCAAGCAGGUGGCUGCACAAGAAGCUGAGAGGGCUAAGUUUGUUGUGGAUAAAGCUGAACAAGACAAGAAAAGUGCUGUUAUCAGAGCAGAGGGUGAAGCGACAAGUGCCAAGCUCAUUGGUGAAGCCAUUGCCAACAAUCCGGCAUUUAUCACUCUCAGGAAGAUUGAGGCUGCAAGAGAAAUUGCGCAAGUUAUCUCCAAUUCAUCAAACAAGGUUUUCUUGAACUCCGAAGAUCUUUUGUUAAACCUUCAGGAGAUGAAUCUGUAGUUAAGUGAGGAAAGGAGAUUACAAACUCAGCGGUGAACAUGGUAGGCUUGAACUUAUAAUAAUCCCUACUUCGCUUUGUUUAUAAAAUUGUUUGACUGAGGAGAUAUAUCACAAACUCAGCGGUGAACAAAUUAGACGGUUGUUUUGUGAUGUAAUGGUUUUGUGAAACAAAGGAAUUCCAAAUAUUUCAGCUUUUUCGACCCAAAAAUAGAAAUAUUUCAGCUGUUUAUUACUUUUUUUAAUUAAGAUGCUCGAGUUUCAUGUGAA